CACAUCAAAACCUCCCUUACAUCUAUUUCCUCCAAUAUUUCUCUUGUAGCUGAAAGAACUUGUCCUCACGGAACAAAACCAUUUAAUCACGGCUAAGAACGGACCAAACCAUUCAAUCACGGCUAAGAACGGAACAAAACUGCCCAAAGUCCUCAUCUCCUUUUGUCCUAUCUUUCACUUCAGUUUCCUUCCUCCAUGUCAGGUCUUAUAUCUAGCAGCUACAAAGAAAGGUAUCAACAAGAGUCCCACUUCCAACCUUUUCGUGCCAUGUCUUGAUUCUAGCUAUAAGCUGAGGUAACAGCAAGAAGCCUGCAGCAUCUCAUACAGGUCAUAGAGUGAGAAAAUGGGCAGCUCAUCGAUCCCAGUCCUCCUAUUUCCAUGGCUAACCUUGGUGUCCAUCAUCUGGCUCCAGUCCAUCAACGGCACCAAUUCGGUCUUCCCGGACUACUCCUCCCAGCUGAAGUCCCGGCUCAAGAUCUCCCAGGUGAAGCUCAACUACCUCACCGUUGCCUCCGAUGCCGGUAAGCUCUUUGGGUGGUGCUCGGGUGUCGCAGCUCGCCACCUUCCCCUAUGGUUGGCCCUCAUGAUCGGUGCAAUCAUCGGUUCGGUUGGUUACGGUGUCCAAUUCCUCUUCCUAGCCAGCAAGAUCGCAUCGCUCGCAUACUGGCAAGCCUUCUUGCUCUGCGUGCUCGCCGGGAACAGCGUUUGCUGGAUCAACACCGUAUGUUACAUCGCAGCCAUGAGGAAGUUCCCGGUGGACCAUGGGACUGUCGUCUGUUUGGCCACAAGUUAUGCCGCUUUGAGUGCCAAGAUCUACAUAGCUAUGACGCAAGUGAUCCUGGGAGGUGACCCUAGUGACAAGAGCAUCUACCUACUACUGAACUCCAUUGUGCCUAUCCUGACAGGGGCAAUCACUUCCCCAUUCCUCAAGGAAUCAAAGCCGGCCGGUCCAAAGACUCGCGCCGGUCUUGUGACAAUACUCGUGAUCGCCGGUGUCACAGGGUCAUAUGCGGUGGUGGAGACGGCGGCUCCGGUCUUCGGUAGCAUGCCGAGAAGGCUACCGCCGUUGAUUCUAUUGGUCAUGGUUGUGUUGUUAAUAAUCUUUGUGCCUUUGGUGAAUGUCAUAGAGUGGAUAAAAGAAGGGAGUUGGAGUUUGGCAAGGGAAGGGGAAGGAGUGGAGAAGAGUGUGAUAAAAGUUGAGGAUAAGGAAGUUGAUCGGGAAGGUGGUGCAGGGUGUGGAGAAGAGGAGAGAUGGGAAACUUGGGUGAGAAGAGAAUAUCGGGUGCGGGAGUUGGUGGCAAGCAUGGAGUUUUGGUUGUAUUUCCUGGUGUACGGGUGCGGGGGUACGUUGGGAUUGGUAUACGCUAACAACUUGGGUCAGAUAUCGCGGUCUCGCGGGAUAUCCGACACCGUGCUGGUCUCCAUCUCCUCGUCCUUUAGCUUCUUCGGGAAAUUGUUCUCGGCUCCCUUGUCCGCGUUCUCCAGGCAUAUGGUUUCGAGGCCAGCAUCAAUGGUGUUGUUGAUGAUCCCAAUGGCAGCUUCCUUCUUCUUGCUGCUUAACCCCACCAAAGCCUGCCUGUUCAUCGGCACAGCCAUCAUAGGUAUGUGCACAGGGGCCAUGACUUCCAUCGCUGUCUCGGUGACCUCCGAAUUGUUUGGCUCGGAGCAUUUUGGUGUGAAUCACAAUAUUCUUAUUGCCAACAUCCCUCUUGGAUCCUUGCUGUUUGGCUACAUUGCGGCAUUCAUCUACGACAAGGAAGGUGGCGGGGGAUAUGGUCCAUGCAUUGGAACCCAGUGCUACCACAAGACUUUCAUCAUCUGGGGUUUUUUUUGCUCCUUAGGAACAAUCUUAAGCUUUGUUUUAUACAUUCAGACAAAAAAAUGGUCCAAGAAAAGAGAAUCGGGCUGCUGAUCAAUUUGGAGGGGUAAAAAGCCAAUCAAGAUUGUAAUUAGAGAGAGAAAGAGAGAGGUGUCCAAGAUAUAGCGCUCCCAUGUACUUCAUGUUGCUUGUUUAUGUUCCCAUGCAGUUAGGUAGAUUUAUCUUUUAUACAAAGUGAAAAAAGAAUAAGGAUUUUGUUCAAUUAUUUAUAUGGCAACCCUUGAUUAUCUA